UAUACCCUCUCUUCCUCUCAUAUCAUAUAGCUGAAAACACUCUCACCAACCAUGUCCACUUCGCCCAACCUAGCUCACCUCCUGCCGCCCUCGUGGAAGACCGACAUCGACCGUUGGUACGCCGAAGACACCCCCUCGUUCGACUGGGGCGGUUUGGUCGUGGGCGAAGAAGAGCAGGAAGCGUUCUUGUGGGCAAAGAGUGGGGGCAUCUUGGCCGGUGUACCUUUCUUCAACGAGAUCUUCAAGCGGGUCGAUUGCACCGUCGAAUGGCUAUACCCCGAAGGCGCCGACCUGCCUUACGACAGCAAGACCAAAGUGGCCAUCGUUCGCGGCCCAGCCCGACAACUCUUGCUGGGUGAACGGGUGGGACUGAAUAUGCUCGCUAGGUGUAGCGGGAUCGCUACCAUCUCUAAACGCUUCUCCACCCUCGCCCGCUCUUCAGGGUGGCAAGGCAAGAUCGCCGGGACGCGGAAGACGACCCCCGGCUUCCGGCUCGUCGAAAAGUACGGAAUGAUGGUCGGUGGCGUAGAUCCUCACAGGCACGACCUCUCCAGCAUGGUCAUGCUCAAGGACAACCACAUCUGGGCUUCAGGGUCCAUCACCGGGGCCAUCCGGACGUGCCGCCGUGCCGCAGGGUUUUCUCUGUUGAUCACGAUAGAAUGUCAAUCGUAUGAAGAGGCCGCGGAAGCGUUGGAUGCGGGUGCGAACAUUGUCAUGCUGGACAACAUGGUCGGGGAAGAACUUCAGGCGAACGCCAAGAAGCUCAAAGAGGUUUACGGGAAGGGUCCGGGUGGAAAGGGCAGGGAGUUUUUGAUCGAGAGUAGUGGGGGUGUUGUCGAGGACGGGUUGUUGGCGAGGAUCGGACCGGAUAUCGAUAUCCUGUCUACCUCGGCGAUCCACCAGAGCGUCCAGCACGUCGAUUUCUCGCUCAAGAUCCAGCCCCGGAAGAAGUCUUGAUCCUGGAUCAUCUUCACGACAGGCGCUUUUGGUGGGAACGUAAACGGUUGUAACCGAUAGGGAGAACAACAGAUAAGUGGAAAACACAAAGACAUGCAUGAAUGCAAGACCGGAUCAUGGCUAUCAACAAGCACGAUUGAGACACGGUAGCACCGCUCGCAUGUUACUGCUUAGAGACAGGUUUGGAUAUAUACCUCUUGUGUGCCGGUCUCAUGCGAUUCAAAGCGGGCCCCCUGGCUUCGCUGGGCAACUGGACUACUCGAGCUCAGCGUCUUCCUUGUAAAGCCCUGCUCGGGUCUCCGUUCAGUCUCCUUCGAACCUUGGCUGAAUUUUAGCAGCGAUAUUGAUGUCUUGCUCUUUGA